GGAAGCGGGGCGCGGGGGGUGAUGGGAGUUGUAGUCCGUCGCGGAGCUGGGGGGGGAGGCGGGGCUCCCAGGGGUUAAAAGCCGGCGAUGGGGCGGGGGUGGGGGGUAGAGGCGGCGGAGGAGGAGACGGACGGGGACCCACAGGAACCCCCCUUGGGGCCCACAGCCCAGGUCUCCGCCAUGGCCCCCCACGCCUCCCCACGCCUCCCCACGCCUCGACACGCCGUCGCCCUCCUGCUCCUGCUGCUGGCCCACGCUGAAAUUGGGGCUGCGGAAGCUCCGGAAGGGGUCGAUGCCGACGACGAGGUGGCGGAACCCGAGUGCGGGCGUCAACGGGAGCUGGGCCGCGUGGUGGGGGGCUCGGCCGCCCGCCCCGGCGAGUGGCCCUGGCAAGUGAGUCUGCAGCUGCGGGGCCAGCACUUCUGCGGGGGCACCCUGGUCACCCCCCAGUGGGUCCUCUCGGCCGCCCACUGCUUCCAGGGGCCCAACGGUAGCCGCGCGGAGCUCAAGGAGUGGCGGGCGGUGGUGGGCCGCCUCCGGCUGGAGGAGCCGGGGGGCCAGGAGAGGCCGGUGGUGGAAGUGGUGGUCCACGAGGGCUACCGGCGAGUGGAAGGCGGCCACGACCUGGCGCUGGCCCGCCUGGAGUCCCCGGUGGCCCUGGGGCCUCGGGUGGGGACCAUCUGCUUGCCCCGGGCCCAGCACCUCUUCGCCUUCGGCACCCCCUGCUGGAUCACCGGCUGGGGCAACGUGGCCGAGAACGUGUCGCUGCCGGCCGGGGCCCCUCUCCAGAAGGUGGCCCUGGACCUGCUCACGCCCCACAUCUGCAACUGCCUCCACUCCCGCCUGCGCCAGCCCCACCUCGCCCGCCCCGCCCGGGCCACCAUGGUCUGCGCCGGGGCUAGUGAGGGCGGCCGGGGGGCCUGCCAGGCGGACUCGGGGGGGCCGGUGGCGUGCGCGGGCGCGGGGGGGCGCUGGGUGCAGGCCGGGGUCCUCAGCUUCGCCGUGGGCUGCGCUCGCCCCGACGGGCCCGUGCUGGCCACCGCCCUGGCGGCCCACGCCCGCUGGCUGCGCCGCCGCCUGCCCCGCCGCGCCUUCGUGGCCCCCCCGCCCCCGCCCCCCCCCGGCCUGGAGGACGGCAAGUGCCUGGGGUGCGGGAUGGGGCGGCCGCGGCUGGAGCCCCCCCCGGGCCCGCGCUGGCCCUGGGCCGUCAGCCUGAGCCUGGGGGGGCGGCGCCGCUGCGGGGGGGCCCUGGUGGCCGAGAGCUGGGUGCUGACGGCCGCCCACUGCUUCAUCGGGCACCAGGCGGCGGAGACCUGGACGGUGACGACGGCGGGGGGCGACGCUCGGCGGGGGGGGGCGCGGCUGCACCUCCACGGGGCCUACGUGGCGGCGGGGGGGGGUCCCGACCUGGCGCUGCUGCGCUUGGAGCCCCCCCCCCUGCCCCUGGGCCCCGCCCUCCGGCCCCUCUGUCUGCCCCACGGCCACCACCGCGCCCCCCCCGGCACCCGCUGCUGGGCCAUCGCGGCCACCAACGCCUCGGGGCCGGAGCUGCGGAGCGUGGAGGUGACGAUCUCGGAGUCCUGUGGUGACGCCCCGGGGACGCCACCGUCCCCCGACACCUUCUGCGUCACCGUCCCCGGGGGCGCCCCCGUCCCACAGCUGGACGGGGGGUCCCCGCUGGCCUGCGAGGAGCGGGGGGUCUGGUUCCUGCUGGGGACGGCCGGGGGGGGGACGACCCCCCCCUUUUUCACCGCCGCCGCCCCCCACGAGCGCUGGGUCACCGGCGUCACCCGCGAGGCCUAUUUCGCCGAGACCCCCCCGGACCCCCGGGAGGAGGAGGAGGAGGAGGAGGAAGACGAAGACCCCACGGGGGACCCCCACGUCCCAGAGCCCCCCCGCCCCAUGGAGCCCCCCAGCCCCACGGAGCCCCCCCACAUCCCCGAGCCCCCCCGCCCCACGGAGCCCCCUCACAUCGCCGAGCCCCCCCGCCCCACGGAGAACCCCCACAUCCCCGAGCCCCCCAGCCCCACGGAGCCCCCCCACAUCCCCGAGCCCCCCCGCCCCACGGAGAACCCCAGCCCCACGGAGAAUCCCGACACCCCGGAGCCCCCCAACCCCACGGAGGACCCCGACAUCGAGGGGGGCCCCCCCAUGUGGAGACAAGUCCAGGUCCCCGACGACCCCCCCCUUUGGGGACAGGUCCAGGUCCCCGAGGACCCCCCUUUUUGGGGUCCCCCCCAAUCCUGGGGGGUCCCAGGGGGCCUGGAUGGCCCUGACGAGGCCUGACCCCCGCUUUUGGGGGGGGCUG